UUCUGCUUAGAUGGACUCUGUUUGCUAUUAGUAAGUUUUAUUUUUGUGAUUCCAUGUGUACUUGCAAUUUGCAUGUGUGUACAUAGUUGCACUAUUUAUUGUGGCAAGAGUUGCAUAGUUUCAUGAUCUUUCUUCAGACUGCCCAUUUGAGUAUUUGCAAAAGAAUCUGUUGUUUCAUUUUAUCCUUCAAAAGUAAAUUGAAAUCUAAAGCAGCCAUCUGGAAUGAAUUACCAAGCCCAGGUUCUACACAUCAUUAACGCUGGGGCUAUUUGCACAAUGUUGUAGGCUUUAUUAGGGACCCUAUUAUGAAGUGCUGAGAGCCCUGUUGUUGUUUUUUCAGGAUUAUUAGUGGUGCUUACUAAAGCAAACAUCACUAUAACUUUUGCUCUUAUUUAGAAUUAGGGAAUGAACAAACCCCUAACUCUUAAUAUUAAACUUCUAUGGUAUCUCGUCCCGCACAUUUCUGCUAAAGACAUGAAUGAUACUUCACAUCAUGCAGCUUGGUUGGGAGAGGUGUGCUAUAACUUGUCUAAGCAAUCAAACCAUUAUCGCUAACAAUAAAAUGUCUGAAAAUCUCUUUGGACUAUUACUAGUAAUUAUUAUACUUUUGUCUGCUUUGAGAUUUGUUGUACAAAAUAAACUGUAAAUGAUAAAAUUUGAAAUCGAUACUUAAAUAACAAUUUAUAAAUUGGCUUAUUAUUAUUACCUAUGGUUGUGUUAUGUAGCAAAAAUGUAUGUUUCUUAUAUUUCUUAUAUUCUUAUAGUUAUAUUUCUUUAAUUAUCGUUCAUAGAAAUAUGUGUAAUAAACCCAGAUUGUUUAGCUCAUAAUCAGGGCUGGACUGGGAAGAGAAAAAGUUGUCGCUGUCCUUUUCUGCAUAUCGUGGUGCCGUUUUGUGGUCCAUUGUUGCAUAACGUGGUGGUUCAUUUUUGCUUAUCGUGGCCCAUUCAGGCCGUUUUGCGGCCGACCCACCGGCCCAAUGGCCAAUCUGCCCCUGAUCGGCCCCAAAGUGUGUCGGCCCACCGUGAAAAUGCCCGGUAUACCAGAUUACCAGUCCUCAAGGACAUUCAAGAGACAGGGGUGUGCGCUUCCUGUGGGAUCUCAGCUUGCUGAUCGCACAACCGCUCGGCUCCGAAGAAAAAAUCUGAAUGAACAGAUGCACGAUUCCCUCCCUUUCUACCCAUAUGACCGGGGGAGGGAAAUGGAAUAUAUGUCUGCCAAAUUCUCAUUGGCCCUUUCUCAAGAAAGACCCCUAGAGUCGAUUCACUCGACACAAUGUCGAAGUGAGCGACAGACGGGGAACAGCAUGCUUUUGAUAACAGCCAAAAAGAGUAAUUUACAACAUAGUAUAAUAAAUGAUCCGUGGGGUAUUUUGAGCUCAAACUUAACAGACACAUUCUGGGGACACCUGAGACUUGUAUUACAUCUUGUAAAAAGGGGCAUAAUAGGUCUCCUUUAAUUAUUGAUCUGUUUCUCACCUACACUUAUAUCCGUUCUGAAUUCCUUUAAUGCUGCCUGUAUGUGCUUUCUGAGCUUCAAAGUUUUGGUACCAAUUCACUUGCAUUCUAUGAACCAGCAGAGCAGAGAUAUUGUUCUAAAAAACCUUUGUGUUCAGCAGAAGAAGAAAAAAACAGAUCUAGUAUGGCAUGAUGUGAGAAUUUUAAAUUUUGGAAAAACUAUUAGUAUAAUGAGAUGUUAGACAGAAUGAUAGCCUUACUCAUUUACGUUCACUGCAUGUUUUUCCCCCUCUAUAUUUUGAAAGUGAAUGUGACUGAGACUGUCAGUCUCUAACAUUCUGUCUAACAUUGUUUGGGUUCCACAGAAUACAGAACGUUUUAUGGGGUUGGAAGAAAAUAAGGGCAGGGAAAUUAUGAUAUAAUAUUAAUUAAAGGCUGAACUAUCACUUUAAGGACGCUUCUCAGAUUUGAUGAAUCUGUGAGUUAGAAGAGCAGUUUGGAAACCUUUUUCUAGUAAUUAUUACGGUGAAAAACGUGAAAAAUUUCACACAGUCCCAAGUUAGAUAUAAUGUUGAAUUAUACACUGAAGCAAGAUCAUGCUUUAUUCAUGCCUUCUGUCGUUAUUUCACAGCUUUUUAAUGUCCUAUGUGAAUUAAGUUCAGUGACUGUGUAGCAUUGUCAGUGUCAAAAGAAUUGAGAAAAUUAGUUCUGUACACUAAGGGUAAAAUGCACCUUAUCUCCGUGUUUGGAAGCUUGUUUUCCAUAAGAUAAUCCGUAUGCAUCUGUCAAACGCUGUGCACGUGGCAACCUUGUACAUGCAGAAAUGCUCACAAUCGGCAGGGCAAAACAUUUGCACUUAAUGUGGAUGUUUACAAGGAUUUAUACAGUAGGCAGAAUGCUCAAUGAGGUCGAAAAGAGCUCUAGAAUGACAGCUAAAUACUUCAAGGAAUCAUUGGAACUGGUUAAGAUCUUUGUUUAUGAGUCUACUAUACGGAAAACAUUAAACAGACAUCGUUUCCAUGGCAGGACACCAUGUAGGAAGCUGCUGCUUUCCAACAAAACAUUGCUGCAUGCCUGAAGUUUGCCAAAUAACAUCUUGACACUCCACAAUGCUUCUGGGAAAAUGUUGUGUGGACUGAUGAAACUAAGGUUGAAUUGUUUGGGAAGAACAUGCAGCACUAUGUAUGGCGUAAAAAGGGCACUGCAUACUAACAUGAAAACAUCAUCCCAACGGUGAAGUACGUUUGGGGGGGAUCAUGAUUUGGUGCUGUUUUGCUGCUUCGGGGGCCAGAACCGCUUCCCAUCAUCGAGAUUAUCAAGAUAUCCUACAGGAUAAGGUCAGGGUUGUUGUGCACCAGCUGAAGCUCAGUAGAAGUUGGAUGAUGCAGACAAUGACUCUAAACAUAGAAGUAAAUUCACAACAGAAUGGCUUCAGAAAAAGGAAAUCCACCUUUUGGAGUGGUCCAGUCAAAGUCCAGACCUUAACCCAAUAGAGAUGUUGUGAAAUGAGAGCCAUUCACAACAGACUUCCUAAGAAUAUGGCUGAACUGAAGAAGUCCUGUAAGGAAGAAUGGUCAAAAAUUCCAUUUGAACGUGGUGCAGGUCUAAUCUGCAGCAGAUUAGGAAACCCCAGGUUGAAGUUAUUCCUGCCAAAGAAGGAUCGACAAGUUGAUAAAUGCAAGGGUUCACUCUAUUUUUCCACAGCACUGUGAAUGUUUAAUGGGAUGUGUUUGAUAAAGAUUUGAAAGAUUAUAAUUGUGUGUGUGUUGUAAGCUUAAGCACAUUGUGUUUGUCUAUACUAGUGACUUUGCUGAAGAUGAGAUCUCAUUUUACGACCAAUUAAUGCAGAAAACCAGCUAAUGCCAAUGGGUUAACAUACUUUUUCUUGCCACUGUAAUUCCUGAACAGAAUGAAUAUUUGUGUUUUAAAUUCGGGACACUGAUGCAAAACCUCAGUCUUAGGAAAUAUACCAUACAACAUGGUUAAUUGCUGCUUGCAGCAAUAAUAUUCACAUUCAUUUUCUAACCAAACCUCACUACUUUCAAUUCAGUUCAAAAAAUGAUACUUAAAGCCUCUGUUGAUAUCUCUGCUUUGUUUGUGUGUGGUUUAAUUAUGAAAGAACACUUAUCUACAAUGCUGUUAAAAGUAUUGUAUGUGCCACACUCAUUACAUGCUUUAUUAUUGCAGAUGUUCGAAACACUGAAUAGAAAUCUUCUUAAACUGUAUUUGAUUAUUAGAUUUUUGUUCAUGUUGUAUUUAAUGAAGCUAUGAAACACUAGCUUGUGCUGUGUAGAAAUAUAAAUGCUCACCAUUUGUUUUGUUUUUUUGUGUAUCAGGGAAAAACAUACAUGCUGACUAAGAAUGAUACCAGAUAACAAUCCUGAAUACCUUAAUCUUCCAAAGGUUUUACAUUUUACCCCUUAUUUAACAGCAACUAUUUACAAUAUAACUUUGGGGCUAACACAUUAUAAGACUUAAAGACGAUAUCUUACAUACAUUUUUUUCAACAGUUAAAAUCAGACCGUAUGGGUUUAAUGUAUUCAGUCCAUUUAGUCCAGAUUAGGAAAAAGGAAUUGGUCUGAAUAUUUAAAGAAAAAUAAAGUUUUACCAUCACAUAUAUAUUGUGGAUUAUAUCUAGCUAUUCUUCAGAAGUGGGCGGCUCUGGCUUCAGCCAUUUUCUUGUGAUUGUUUAUUUACUAGCUGCCAGAAGAAUCAACAUCCAUUUCAUCCCACCCCUUGAAUGAAAUGUUCCCCAAAUAUAGUGUUUCACAUUUGAAAGGAAUUACCAUCCCAAAGAUAGCUUCCAAAUUCAUCUUAUUCUCUUGCCUGUAGGGAAGAAGCCUUUGACACUCCCAAAAAUAUGGUGAUGAUUUAAUUUAGCUUAAUUUUCCCCACAUGAUCUCCAGCAGCCUACACCCAACCCAUGGUGCCUUUUCCGAGAAUUUGUGGAUUUCCAUGGUCAUUUACAAAUAUUACAGCAAUCCUAACUAGAGAUGUUAAGGUUCCCUUUUUUCCCAUUUCUCUUUAACAUAUAUUGUAUUUUCCAGUUUAGCUUGGAGAAACCCAUCAUAUCAAUUUGAAAUCACCUUACAUGGGUGAGAUGUACAUUCUGCUGUCUAGGUUACAUAUGUAACCUCCGUUCUCCGAUGGAGGGAACAAGACGUUGUGUCGGAGAAGCAACACUAGGGGUCUCUCUUGAGCGCCAAUGAGAUCCUAAAGAAAAAACAUAAAGAAAAGCUCCUCAAGGACAAUCCAGAAACCCUGUACUCAGACCUAUACAGGAAUGGAGAGGUCAGUAACAUCAUAUUCUAUACAGCAGACCCAGAAGCCUGGCACUCAGCAAUCAGACAUCAUUACCCCACGGUAAUUAGAAAGGGCAUCAGUAAUGGAUGGAAACUACAGAUUAAAGAAGGGGAGGAGUCAGAUUCAGAUGUCACGAUAACAGCGAACCUAUAUAAAAAUGGGACUGUAAUGAUCCAGGGGAAGCUGAAACAAUUUGAAAAGGAUUUCCUGCAAAUUAAAGAAAAAGCUCAGCUGAACAAGAUCAGCCCAAAUGCACAAAAGCGUGCAGAAGACCCCUCGACCUCCAGCCAUCAGUCCACAGCUGAGCAGUCCAGGGACGGCAGUGAGGAGAUCUCCCUUCUACACAGCAUCAUCAGCGACAUGAAGGAGAAGUUCAGGGAGAUGGAGCUGGAGCUGGAGCUGGUGCAGCUGAGAGAGGAGAUGCAUAGAGUAGGGAAGGAGACUGAUCCAACAGAGAAAGAAGCCGACUACAGAAAAGAAAUAGAAAUGCUUAAAAAAGAAAUUCAAGAAAUGAAAAAACAGGGAGAGGAGUACAGCAAUCAGCUGUCUGUAGUGAGGGAGGAGAUGAGAAAGCUGAGAGAGGACAGAGAGUCCCACAUACAGCUGUCAGCUGUGGAGAAGCAGCCGACACAGAGAGGAGAACAGCAGAGCUCAGAGGAGCCUCCUCCUCCAGUGACCACAGAGACCCGGCCCAGCAGCCCUCCUCCAGCAGACUCCUACAGUCCAUCACAGCCUCACAUUAUACUCCUCAUGGACUCCAAUGGCAAGUUUAUCGAUGAAAAGAGACUGUUUCCAAGAAAAAAACGUCCAAAAAAUUUGGUGCCCAAACACACAGAAGGCCCUGGAGCUCUUGUGUGAAGAGCAGCUUGGUUCCCCCAGCCACAUCAUCAUCCACACCGGCAGCAACGACCUCCGAGCUCAGCGAGAGAGAGUAGCUACAGCUCUCAUAAACGUGACUGAGAAGGCAUCCUCCAACUUCCCCAACUCCAAAAUCAUCCUCUCCACCCUGCUACUGUGCUCGGACUUCCACCCAGACACCAUCAGGCAUAUAAAUGCUAGAGUAUCCAGAGACUGUGCCCUAAAGCCCAAUGUACACCUGGCUCAGCACCCCACACUGAAUCUCAGCAGCCUGUACGACCAUGUCCACCUCCACAGAAGGCCCCCUCGCCUUCUCAUCCACGUGAACAGCAGCAGCAGCAGCAGCCGGGCAGCCGGAGCUACGCUGAAGCAGCCAGCAGAUCACUGACCCACUGCAGUCCCAGCACACCCUACAGCCAGCCGGCCUCAUCGCCAUCCAGAGACCUCACAAACAUCCAGCACAU